AUGCGACGCGGACUCGUGAUCUUUCUCCUGGUCAACCUGCUCAUCAUCUCGUUCCUGGUCCGCAGCGUCUCGACCCUGCUCUCGCUGCUCCUCGAAGAUGCCGCCGCCGACGCCAUCCACCAUGCCGAGCUGCCCUCGCCGAAUUCCAGCCUGAUCGAGCAACGCCCGCAGAUCAUCCCCAAGAUCAUUCACCAGACCUACAAGAACGAGACUAUUCCCGAGGUGUGGGUGGAGGCGCAGCAGACUUGCAUUGACUUGCACCCUGAUUAUGAAUAUAUUCUCUGGACGAAUGAGAAGUCGCGUGAAUUCAUCGCGGCCGAGUACCCCUGGUUUCUCGCGACGUUUGACGGCUACAAAUACCCCAUCCAGCGGGCUGAUUCGAUCCGCUACUUCGUGCUGGCGCACUACGGUGGAACAUAUAUCGAUCUGGACGAUGGCUGUAAUCGCCGAUUGGACCCCCUGCUCUCCUAUCCCGCGUGGGUGCGCCGGACGGUCCCCACGGGCAUCUCGAACGAUGCCAUGGGCUCUGUACCCCAGCACCCGUUCUUCCUCCGUGUGAUCGAAUUGUUGCAACAAUAUGACCGCAGCUGGCUGCUCCCAUAUAUCACGGUCAUGUAUUCGACGGGUCCGCUGUUCUUGUCGGUCAUCUGGAAGGAGUACAUGCAGGACCGACCCAGCGAGGCCGGCCGCGUGCGCAUCCUCAUGCAGGACGAGUACAACCGGUUCUCCUGGAGCUUCUUCACCCACCAUCGGGGCAACAGCUGGCACGGCAAGGACGCGCGCUUGAUCUUCUGGAUGGGCCAACACUGGAUUCUCCUGACCUUCCUCGGCUUCAUCCUGGCCGGUGUGGUGGGCUUCUGCCUCUGGUGGACGUAUGGUCGGGUCAUGCUCCUGGGAGCCAAGUACCGCUACCGCUACACGAAGGUACCCUCCCUCAUCAGCCCGUCCCGCCUCUCCUCGCCCACGCGGCGCUCGCGCAUGCUUCCCACGCUACUCCGGCGCGUCAGCUUCAAAGAAGACGAAGAAGCUCGCGGGGUUACCGAGACCUCGUACGAGCUCAGUCGCCGCGAUGAUUGA